AUGAGUUCCAUAUAUAAUCGUAUUCUCAAAAAUGUUAGUGACUCGAAUUCUGAGUCUGAUUCAUCUUCAACGACUUCCUCCGAUAAUGAACUCGACCAAAUUGUAACUAUGGAAUAUGCUAGAAGAAGAAUCCUCAAUACGUCCCGAUCAACCGCAAGCUCUUCUACCAUGGGUAAAAUGAAACGCCGUAUCAUUCCACGUGAUAUAGAGCAAGGCCAUAAGCGCUUAUACAAAGAUUAUUUUUCUGAAAAUCCAGUCUACCCAACAGAUAUGUUCCGAAAACGAUUUCGUAUGAAUCGUGAUGUGUUCUUUCGCAUACAAAUGGAGGUUGAAAAGCACGAGCCUUACUUUGUGCGUAAGCGAAACGCUGCAGGUACACAAGGAUUAUCUUCACUACAAAAAAUCACAGCGGUACUACGAAUAUUAGCUUACGGGGAUUCUGCGGACUCAAUUGACGAGUAUGUGCGCAUUAGAGCAAGCACUGCCUUAAAGAGUCUAAAAUUGUUUACUAAAACAAUUGUUGAAGUAUUUGGGGAGGAGUAUCUAAGGUCACCAACACCCGACGAUUUGAGACGUUUGCUAGCACAAGGUGAGAGUCGUGGGUUUCCCGGAAUGUUGGGAAGUAUUGAUUGCAUGCACUGGACGUGGAAAAAUUGCCCAACUGCAUGGCACGGGUCUUUGAACGACAUAAAUGUUCUUGAACAUUCGACUAUAUUUCAUGGCUUAACACAAGGUGUUGCUCCAUCGGUUCGAUAUUCAAUAAAUGGACACAACUACACAAUGGGAUAUUAUUUAGCAGACACUAGAAAUAGAUCUUCGUCAGUUGUCUAA